AUGUUGGAAGCUGUGCGAAGGGCGAUAAAAAAGGCGAUUCUCGAUCUCUCAAUCUCCGCUGUCUCCGACGACAGUUGGGAUGGAUCCAACGGCAGGCCAGGGAGAUCCUCCGGCUCCGAUUGGAAUCAAUCAGUGGAGGUGCCAUCAGCGGUAAUCGAUGAAGCAAAUCUGCUAUGGGAAGACUUUGUGAUAGCUCGAUUUCUAGAAACAGCUCCACAUGUCGCGAAGGUACAUGUGAUUCUGAAUAAAAUUUGGACGUUUGGAGAUAAGUUGCAGAAGAUUGAUGUGUAUGAGAUGGAUGAAGUCACUAUGAGAAUUCGAAUUCCAAAUGAAGCUGUUAGGGAGAAGAUUGUAAGGCACGGUAUGUGGAACAUAGCAGGAAUUCCGAUAGUGGUAUCUAAAUGGUCUCCGGUCAAAGAUGAAUCACAAGCGAAGUUAACUCUCCUAUGGGAUGAGAAAAAAGAAGCACAGGAACCAGAGACAGAAGCUCGAGGAGGAGCAGAAAAACUGGAAGGAAAAGAAGAGAGUAAAACAGAGGAAGAAGUGAUUAAUGUUACAGAAGAGGACGAAGAAGUAAAUGCUCAACAAUGGAAAAAAGUAUCUCCAGAGAAGGCUAGUAGAAGUCCAUUGAAACAGGAACUGCAGUUUGGACAUGUGAGAAUUGCUACCCCAUCGAGAUUUGCGGCACUGAGUGUAUUGGAUGAGGAAAAUGAAGAAGGUAAUCAUAAGCAAAUGGAGGAAGGUGAAAUACAUCAAGAGGAGUCAGGAAGUAAAAAGCAGGAUGAUGGGAAAUUAAAAAGAAUAGAGAUGGAAGGAGGAAGACAGAUGCUUCCUAGAGAAUCAAAGACCAGAUAUAAAGGGAAGGGAGAAGAGUUUUUCUGUAGUUUUGUUUAUGCUUUGAAUGGGGUUGAAGAGAGGAAGAGUAUGUGGGAAGAGUUGAAGGAUCACCAUGAUGCUCCGAUGAUAAAACACAAGAAAUGGAUGAUAAUGGGGGAUUUCAAUGAGAUUUUGGAGGGAGAGGUACAUUCAGAUUAUGAAGAUAUUCCAAGGGUUCCACCGGGUAUGAGGGACUUUCAAGAGGUCGCUAGAUACUGCAGUCUAACGGAUAUGAGUUACCAGGGGUCGAAGUUUACUUGGCGCAACAAGAGGGAAGAUGGACUAAUAUAUAAGAAGUUAGAUCGAGUUCUGGUUAAUGAGGAAUGGCUUCAUACUUCAAAAGCUUAUUGUGUAUUUGAAUCGGGAUGGUGCUCGGAUCAUUUAAGAUGUAGAAUACACUUGGAUGUGGAGGAGAAGAAGAAAAUAAGGCCUUUUAAAUUCACAAAUUCGAUUUCUAAGAUGGAGGAGUUCAUUCCUUUGAUGCGGGAUCAAUGGAGGGGCAGAGAAGCCUUAUAUCACUGUACUUCUGCAAUGUUUAUGCUAACUAAACAACUUAAAGCUUUGAAGCAGCCUCUGAGAAUGUUAAGUAAGAUAAAGAUGGGUGAUUUGUCUAGGAGAAUGAGAGAAGCGUUUGUUGAUCUAUGUGAAAAGCAGAAGUUGACUCUAGAGAGACCAGUACUGGAGACAAUCAAUGAAGAGAUCAAGGCUUAUGAUAAAUGGCAAAGGCUAGCAGGGUUAGAGGAAGAAUUCUUAAAGCAACGAUCGAAGUUACAUUGGUUGGAUGUUGGCGAUGGAAAUAACAAGGAUUUUCACAGUGCUAUAAAGAUAAGAGAAGUGAGAAACAGUAUAAGGGAGAUAGUUCGAGCUGAUGGCACUAUAGCAAAAAUGGAUGAUGAUAUAAAGGAGGAGGAUUUUGAAGGAGUUACAGUGGAGAAGUUAAAGGAGAUAUUGAGAUUUCAAUGCAGUAAUGAGGACUGUGAGAAGUUGGAAAGAGAAGUUUCAAAGGAAAAGGUCAAGAGUGCUUUGUUUAAAAUGCCAGGAGAUAAAUUCCCAGGACCAGACGGUUUUACAUCAGAGUUCUUUAAAGAAGCAUGCCCAGUAAUAGGAGAAGAUGUAACAGUGGCAGUCCAAUCCUUUUUCCAGAAGGGGUUCUUACCUAAGGGAGUGAAUUCCACUAUUCUGGCGCUAAUACCAAAAAAGAGGAGGCAAAGGUAA